AUGGACCAAGCAACGGGGCUCCUCCGGGGCCGCGCCUCCACGGACAGCAAUCUUUCCCUCUCAGAACACGACCUACAGAGCUCCGAGAAACAUCCUGACCCCGCGCAACGAAAUUCCCGCCGAAAAUUCCAAUACCGCGCCAUCGGCAUCGGGCUAAUCGCCCUAUUCGUCAUCUUCGGCGGCGGCUCCUUCCUCGCCUGGGCGAUCUUCCCGCCCGCCUCCCCCACCGCCGUCCCCUUCGUCAACCUCGGCAUGUGCGGCGCCACGCCCGCCGAGGCCCGCGACAACGGCUGCGUCUUCGACCUGAUGAUGUCCGGAUGGCUGCACCCAGCAUGCUACGACCGCGAACUAUCCGACAACUUCCUCCGCGAGAACAACUGGACUUUCUACCGGGAGCGCGAGGCCAUCAACGUCAUCCCCGAGGAGGAAGCGCGGUUGGGCGAGUACCAGACGAUCUUCGUGAAGGGGAAUUUCCACUACCAGCACUGCGCGUACCUGUGGGCGAAGCAGAUACGGGCGAAGGCGCGGUUUCCGUUGGUGCUGGAUAGCGCGACGAGGAGCGAGGAGCAUAGUGGGCAUUGUGUGAAGCUGGUGGGCAAUCCGAAUGUGACGAAGGUCGAGUUGCCGACGGGGACGAGGCUGAAUAGGUCGACGUGGAAGUUGCAGUGUAUGAUUGGGGAGAAGAGGAUGCCGUAG